CGGAACCCCUCGAGAACAUUUUUUGUCCGUGGCGCGCAAUAAAAGUAACGCAGCUGCGUAGCUCUGCCAUAUUUGUUUUAUUGACAAACUCAGAGAAAGUUUCAGAUAUUUUACCGUGUGAUAUCAAGAGACUUGAAAAGCUAUCAAAUGCCAGCAACUGGGUCAUUAUUGGCCCGUGCUAGAGGGUGUGCAUCUUUGCCGAGAGAGUUAAGGGGGCGGAUGGAUCAUGUCUAAGUAGGUGCGAAUACUCCAUCGAGAGACUGCAGCUAAUUAUCUUCAAUCAGUGGUCUGACUUGGCCCGACACCGGACAGCUACAGUAUGUCAGUCAGAGGUCUUUAGGGUCGAACUCCUCUGGUGUGGUGCAAACAUGAUGCAGUGGAAGGUGUGGACUCUCUGGUGCCUCCUGCUGUUUAGGGCAGAGAAUGCAGAUGGUGGUCAGGGCAGGCAGUGCUCGCUCACCUCGGCGGGGACAGUGCACCCGGUGCAGGGCUACCUGGAGCGUUUUGACGUGGGGCUUGGCUGUGCGGCCAGAGAAAGUGGUCCCCGAGAGACUCACGUCAUCACUGUAACCAGAGCCUCAAGCUCGUCUGACCAGAAGGUUACUGUGCUCUUGAGGCCGUUAUUUUAUUCCAAGCCUUUAAAUCGGGAUGUGCUCUUGGUACUAAGCUCCCAGCAUGCAGUGCGUUGGUGGCUGGAGGCAGAGGGCUUACCUCUCAGCCUUCUGGUGGUGGCUCAGGCCUUGCCCAACUCCACAGUGGGGUCCCAGAGUGUGAAUGUGCGGGUGCAGCAGGUGGCGUCGCUGCCCUGGCGCCCGCGGGCACUGCUGCAGUGGAGCCUGCAGCGUUACCGCACCAUCUCCUCUCUCACCCACGCCACGCACGCCAGCCGCGUCUAUAUCCGCCUGGGAGAGGAUACCACUUUGCCCAGGGAGUGUCACCUGCAGUCUCUCUUCCUGUCUCGCAACUACCUGACAUCUGAAGUCCAGCCACAGGAAGUACAAGGCUGCGUUCUGCCUGGUGCUGAAUCUGACCCAGAAGUACAUAUCAUCAAACUCUGGUCUGCAGGAUCUGGCCUCUGUGGCUCUCUGCAGGUGGAGGUGUCAGUCUCGCUACUGCCCCCGGUGGCCAACAGUGGCGCGCACAAGCUGGUGCUCAUUCUCAGCAGCGCAGCUCCAGUGAACUGGGCCAUCACUACCACAGGAAUCCGGGGACACAUAUUUGUCUACGCGUCCAACAGCGUGACCCCCCUCUACCCCCCAAGGCCCAAUCUGACCAUGACCAGCAUGCUCAGCUACGACCUCCUAUCCACGUCAGACCUCCUGGAAUGGGCCAAUGAGAACGGCUUUCCCAGAGUGACCUCCUACACGGAGGCCGACCUGGCCAAUCGCUUUGUGAUCCGGCUGGCAGGAGGGGGCGCAGACCAGAACGUGAUGGUCCCAGUCAGGCCACCCAUGCUGGGGGAGCCGAGGCCGAGCCAGUGGCUGAUCGGGGACGGAGCGGCUCAGGAGGCCGUCAGUGUUCAGUGUCAUCAGGAUGGUCGACUAGUCGUGGCUGUGGACAAACACAUCUUACAGGCGCUGUCUCUUCCUCAGGCAGCAGUGACCUUGCGUGACCCCAGCUGCCAGGCCUGGUCCAAUGGGAGCCAUUUCCUCUUGGCGUUCCCAGUCAUUUCCUGUGGGACUGAGGGCUUGCUGGAGGGCAGCUCCCCAAUUCUUCGGUAUAAAAACACGGUGUUGCUAUGGAGACAUGAGCUCCCAGCCCCGGUUCAGAAUGAGACAACACUGGAGUGGACCAAAGACCAGUCUCCAGUGGCCAUACAUUUUGGUUGUGAGUCUCCAAGCUCUAGCCCUGUGAGACCUCCAGUGGUCCGUCCUCCUCCUGGGUCUGGUGUGGUGUCAGGGGGCCUGCGGGGGCCGAGCUCACCCAGGCUCCCGGGGCCCCAGAUGGUCCCUCUGCUCACCAUGCAGCUCUUUGUGACUGAGCACUACAAGAAGAGGCAUACCGGACCCUGCGUCAUCACGGCGGACAACCGCGUCUAUGUGCAGAUUUCCGCAGAGGGGGUCUUCAAUGGAGGCGUGGAGGUCCAGUCGUGCAUCGUCUCCCCCCAUUCUGACCCGCGCUCCUCGCCCAGCUGGCCCGUCAUCCUCAACAGCUGCUCACGGGAGUCCUCCUUCCUCCUCACCCCACUACGGAGGGAGAGCGGGCGCGAGGAAGGGACGCCCGAGGAAGACGAGGACGAUGGGGAUGAAGACGAGGACGAUGAAGACGAGGAUAAGGAGGAGGAUGACGAAGAAGAGGACGAGGAUGAUGACAUGGAGAGAGCCAGAGCCCUGUUGUCCAAGCAGCGGGCGCGAGGGGGGCAGCCUGUGGGGAAGAGCAGGAGGAGGAGCCGGCGAGGUGGCGAUGGAGGGCGGCCUGAGAGAGAGAGAGGAGUAAAGGAGGAGGAGGAGGAGACGAAAAGGGAGAAGGAUGCCAAGCCGUCCCGUGUGAGGUUCAGCUUUGUGCUGCGGCCCGUCUUCAACAACUCCAUCCACUUCCUGCACUGCAGCCUACGACAAUGUAGCCCAGGGACCCCUCAGCAGACGCCCAUCACCGCAUUGGCAGCGGAGAGAGGGUGCCAGGGCGGAGUGACCAUCCCAGCCCUCAUCAAAGCCCAGCUCCCCAAUCAGAAGUGUGUGUACAGGAAUCUGACCAGGCCCAUGCUGGUGACCAACCAUCUGCCUCCCCCUGCUGGCCAGCUGAAUCACAAGCCUGAGAUAUGUAAAUGUCCCAUCCCGGAAGGCCAGAGGAAUCAGAAGUCCGUCGUGACACAAGCCGAGAUAGCGAUGCCAAAGUCCCUGCGUACCAGUGCAUCAGGUCAACACCGUGUGAUAGAGCCGUUGAAGCCCAGUCCUCUACAAAGUGCCUCAGGAGUGAGCACUGGGCCCGUCCUUGGGAUUGUGUUCGCUGCUUUCUUGAUGGGCAUCUGCCUGAUGGGGGCACUGUGGUGUGUCUACUCUCGUACAGGAACCAGAGCUGAUGGACCGCAGGGCUUAGAAAACAUGGGCAAGGAUGCCUGGAAUCAUGAUGUGCUUCUGGAACAUUCCAACACAGCUGUGUAGAGGCUGGUUCAGCAAACAUGGGGAGGCAACCACUUCGAAGCAAACCACUUUUGUGUUUGUGUAUGUGUAUAUGUGAGUGUGUGAUGUGAAUACUGGUCAUUUAUGUGUGUGUGUAUCUGUGUAUAUGUCUAUAUUGUGUUCAUGAUCUAUUUGUGUUUGUGUACUAUGUAUUUGUAUAUAUUUGAGAGCCUGAAUCUGGGAGGAAAUCAAAGCUAUAUUACAGAAGAUGUGAACUAUUUCUACCACUAACUGCUGCCAGACCCAAAACCAACCAUUUUACCCAACCCAUCGUGUAUACCAUGUACUGUAUGUUCAGUGGAUAGGCAUAACAUGUGCCAAUAUAUGUGUGGAACCCCC